AUGGAUAAUUCAGAAUUAAGUAAAUCUACUGCCGAAUCUGAAACACUUAUUACUUUACUUCAAGAAUUUAUAGACGAAAGUACUAGUGAACAAUCAAAUUCGGAUGAAAGUUUACAAAGUGAUAGUAGCGAUGAAGGAAAUAAUCCAUUGAUACCUCAACUAAAAAAUCCAAAGAGACGUCAAGGAAGGGGACGACCAUCAGGUACAAAACGAUUUAAAUCAUCACAAGAGGUUUCUAAGCCUAAGUCUAUAUAUGUGUUUGGUUCAAAAUAA